UGGUGAGGAUGGUGUCCCGAUGAAUAAGCUCAUGGAACUGACUGUCUACACAAGCCCCAUGACACGUUGUUCCUACAGAUGAUGUCUGAAUGUACGGUGUACAGCCAUUAGCGGAGACAGUCGUGUCAAGGGCGAGAGCGACAACCGUUAUCAUUCGAAUGACACAUUCUAUUCGUAAGGCUGCCGUAACACUUUUUAUUCUAAUGCCGAACGCUAUGAUAGUGAAAUACUGUGGUGUGCCAUAUGCAAAUGCUUUUUUACUCUUCAGAUAGCUGGAAUCAUCUCCGCGAUCUUUUGUCUGUCAUGAAUCUCGUGAAAUUAAAUCGUUAU